GAAUCAUUUUCUUCGGAGCUUGGAUUCUGGGUGGGAGGGAGGCAAGGAAGAUGAUGGCAAGGGAAGAACGAAUCGCGUGCUAACGCAAAACUAAAGCAGGCGUUACUGGUGUGGUGGUUGUUGCAUUUACGACGGCAAACGUGCGGUCAGAGUAAUCGACUAUUGCCGGUUGAAUAUUUUAAACAACGACGCGAUGAAUAACAUAUUUUUGUUGAUCAUGUGAAAAGACAAGGAUUUAUGAGGUCAACAGAAUUUUUUAAUUAACUGCGAAAGAAACCAGGGCCCGGCCAAAAACACUCCUACGAGACGAUGUCAAACAUGCGGCGAAGAUUUUUUCUCAUGAGUCUCGUUAUACGACGGCGUGUUUCGGCUAAGAUUUGUCAGUGAAACCGGUGCCAAUGAGCGUUAAUAUAUGGCGGCGCGAGUAUUUUUGCUUAGUAUCUUGUUUACAGAAGUACUAAAGCCCGCUUGUGCUGCAGGUGUCAAAGGUAUUGGAACAAAUAUAAAUAAUAGAAAUGUAUCUAAAUCGGAUGGUUCUGAUGCAGAUUCGACAAAAGGUUUUACUGCGACAACAGAAAUAGAACCUAGUGGUCAUGUAAUAUUGGGAAAGAAAUCGAUAAUACUUAAUUGUUUAGCUGAUACUAAUCAAACUAUUUCUUGGUUACGUAAUGGAAAACCAAUACCACCAUGUGGUUCUACCCGAUGCUCUGUACAACGUAAUGGAUCUCUUCUUUACAUUAAGAAACAAAAUUUUCAAAAGUCACAAAAGUUCAAAGAAAAAGAAAAUACCAGCCUUACUAAUAUUAAGAGUCAUAUUAAAGAUGAAUAUCGUUGUAUAACACAAACUGAUUCUGGACUAUUGAGAUCUUCGCCAACAUUCAUUGAAAUAGCAGAACUUGGCCAUGUAUUUAAAGAAUCACCAGAGAAUGUAACCGUUCAAGAAGGCGAAGUAGUAAGAUUGUCUUGUAUCAUAGAUAGUGUUCCCUUUCCAUCUAACGUUACAUGGGAACAUAAUGGAAAAUCAGUUCUGCUUAAUCUUAAUAAUUCAAAAUAUUCAAUGGUAUCACCAGGUGUUCUGUAUAUAAGUACAACACAAUUAUCAGAUGCUGGUUCUUAUAGAUGUGUAGUGACUAAUGAAUUCCUAAAAAAAACCAAAAAAAGUAAAGAGGCACAACUGACUGUUAUUGCUAGAUCGGAGGAUGAAAAAUCACAUAAAUCAUCAUCAUUAUUUCCACAAACGUCAUAUAACCAUUCGCUACUUAAUGGAUCAAGCCUUAAUCUAGCAUGUGCUGCAUCUGGUUAUCCACUGCCUCUUAUAACAUGGACUUUCAUACCUCGAUAUACAGGUAACAGCAAUGUUCCACAACCUCGCAUUCUUGUUAAUUCUACUACUGGCAUUGCUAUAUUAGAAUUAAGAAAUGUAAGCAUUUUUGAUGCUGGCAUCUAUACUUGUUCUUCAAAAAAUUCGAUAACAAAUGAUUUGGAAAUUCAGAAUAUAACUGUAGAUAUAUCGGUACCUCCAUCAUUCUUGAAAACUCCUGUAAAUCGAGUUUGUCCAAAUGGAAAAACUGCAAGAUUUGAGUGUCAGGCACAGGGUUUACCUGAACCACAAAUUUAUUGGCUAAAGGAUUCUCUAAAUGUUACAGUCAAUGGACGUAGAACAAUUUACGUAAAAGAUAACAACAAAAGGGAAUUGGCAAUUUCGGCAACAGUUCCAUCAGAUUCUGGUCUGUAUCAAUGUGUAGCUGUAAAUUCAGCAGGAGAAAUAUGGGCUGCUGGUCGGCUUCGAGUAAAUUCAUCUCGCAAUAGUCCUGCUGCACCUACCUCUUUAAAAUGUCACGCUGUGUCCCCAGUUAGAAUUUUGAUUUCAUGGGAACCACCAAAGUCUCUACCGUAUACCAGUAUUACAGCUUAUACCGUCCAUUAUAGCCCUGCUGAAGGUGGUAAAGAAGAAAUUUCUCCUCCUGAGCCAGGAAAUUCCACAUCUGUAGAAGUAACAAAACUUUUAGAACCAUUUACAAAUUAUUCCUUUUACGUACGAGUAUGGAACAUAUAUGGCGCUAGCGAUCAAUCUGCCACCAUCUUGUGUACUACAGCUCCAAGUGUUCCUAAAAGCACACCGAAAAUAAAUCUAAAUAUUAUUAGUAAUACAAAAUUAAACGUAUCAUGGGAGCCUUUAACAGAAAAGGAAUCACGUGGCACCGUGGUAGAAUAUAAAUUACAAUGGAGAUUACAUCAGCAUCCAUCAUCCAGAGUAGUUUUUCUACCUGCUAAUUUUGAAUAUUAUAUUCUUUCUGAUUUAAUAAGAGGAGCUAAAUAUGAUGUACGAAUAAUAGCAAGAACAAAACAGGGAUGGCCUAAUUUGAGUGAAAUGCAAUUAAAUUGGAGCACUGUAACAAUGCCUUCUAUAGAUUCUAAUGAAUUUAACAUUAGAAAUUUUGUAGACAUGCAAUUAUUAAGUACCAAGAUUUCAUCAGUUAAAGUCAUCUGGAAAAUAGAUUCGAAAGAAAACAGUAAAGUUGAGCCAGAAUUCGAUUCUUGGCAAAUUUACUGCGAAGAUUCAGAUGGAUACAAAUUAUUAACAGUUUCUCUUCCACGAAAUGCUACAGAAUAUACAUUAGCCAAUAAUCUUGAAAGGAAUUGUUCUUACACUGUGGGUCUUUGUAUGGUAAAUUCUGGCGAAGUAAAAUAUUGUUUAACCAAAAUCAUUGAUGUUACUCAUUCUGGUUCCAGUAAUGUAUUCAUGGCUUUGGAGGCUAUUCCUGUUUCAUCUACCUCUAUAAAUGUUACGUGGACAGUAACUGAAAUGCAUAGUGCACAUUCCUUUGAACUUUGCUAUCAUGCGGUUCAUAUUGAAAAUUCUGAGGAAUCCAAAUGCAUUACAUUAGAUGAUACUAAGAUGACUGUUGAUAAGUUGAAACCAUUUACAUUGUAUCAAUUUAAAGUAAGAAUGAUAAGACACGAAAAUAAUCAAAGUUACAUUUACAGUGAAUCUGUUGAAUGUUAUACUUAUGAAGAUGUUCCUGGAAAAGUUGAAGAUAUUCAGUGGUUUUUGGGUAACAAUACUAAAGUUCGUAUUGCAUGGAAAGAACCGAGUAGUAUAAAUGGAGUGAUACAAAAUUAUUUUGUUGCGUAUACCAUGGAUUUAAUGGACCCUAUUGAAAGUUGGGGAAAUGUAACAGUUCCUGGAAAUAAAACAUCAACUACUCUUCCAGGUUUAGUUCCAGGAAAACGAUAUUUUGUAAUUGUACAAGCAGCUACAAAAGCGGGUUAUGGUAAAUCAUCAGAUCCUAUAAUAAUUAUUACUGGUGGUACAGCAAUCAAAAUUCCUACAUCAUCGAACGAACAAAAGCCACCGCAAAAUAUUAAACCUGAUCAAAGCUUAGGUAUUAUCCUGGGUGUAAGCAUAAGCAUAGUAUUAAUAACAAUUUGCUUAUGUAGCAUUUAUUGUCGAAAUAAAUGCGAGAGUUCUCGAUCUUUAAGAGAUGGUGCUCAACCUCUAAAAGGACGUAUUUUAGUGCGAAACGGAAAUGGAUGUUGUAUCGAAUCUACUGCUCCUGUAAAUCAACAAAUGAAUGUUACAGUUUCUUCUAAUGAUGUUGAACUUGCUGGUCUUUGUCCAUCUUCGCCAGUUUCAAAUCCACAUUCAGAUACCAAAGGAGGACAUACCAAUGGUGUUGUGGAACCUUGCGUAAAGGAACCAUUAUUAUCACCUUGGGAUGUAAAUGGAGAAUCAAAGAAUAUUUGUCUUACGGAAAACCCUCAGUACAAAAGGCGUGAUAGUACCGUUUUAAGAAAAAAUGAUGAAGAAAGCCAAGAUUUGGAUGACACACAGUUUACUAUGGUCAAUUGUACUUUAGACAGUAACAGUGGCAGCCUAAAUAAUAAUUCAGGAUGUCAAGAUAAUGAUAUAUCAUCAGAAAACGUUACCUGCACAUCUGUUCCAGUACUUGGACCAAAUGGAUGAAUACGCUCUAACGAUCUUGGCUGUUUUGCAUUUGCGUGAAUUGGAAUACAGCAGGUAGGAAUAUGACGUUAAUUUACACACACACAAAAAAAAACGAAAACAAACAAACAAACCUGUUACAAAGUUGUUGUAAAUGAGUAGAAACAGAAAUUAUGGAAACAAAAAAGGUAGAGAGGAAGUUAAGAAAUAAAAGUUAAUAACAGUUCCAUUAGAUUUAUAUGACAUUAUAUAUCAUAUAAUUCUCUCUCUUUCUCUCAAAAGCAAAAAGAAAAAAAAGGACAUCGCGUUUGAAAAAAAUAGUAUUCAAUGAAAUUUUCAAAUAAUAAUAAUCUUAGUAUUACGAAGAAAAAGUAAACUUGUUAAAAAUUCAGGUUUUCUAAUUUACAUCUCUGAUUGAAAUUUGAGAAAUUCUUGUAAAUUAUUCUACACUAAAAUCGAGUAACGAGAUCUUUAUAAUAAAGUUUUCGAAUUUAGAUAUAUAUGGAUACCUGAGUAUGUUUGGUUACAGUCAACUUUUACAUCAUGCAUGCAUAUUAAUCCUCAGGUAUUCAUAAUUAAGUCUACAAUUUGUAUAACUAAUGAUAAAAGUGUACUUGUUUUUACAAAUUAUUUUUAACAUGUAAAAACGAAAAAAAAGUAUUUAUACGAAUAUUCGAAAAAAUCGUUCCUUAUAAAUCAGAAUGUGACGUAUAUGUCACGCAUAUAACAUUGAAAUACCUAAAAAAGAACAACUUAUAAAAUACAUGGUAUGCACACAUUAUAAUUAUUAAAUUAUGACUGAUUGAUAAAGAAAAAGAAACUGUAUAAGUC